AUGGCUCAUCCUCCCAAGCAUGAGAUGCUCGACUCAAAGGAUGUCGAUUACCCCGAACACGAUGAGUCUCCCUCAGAGAUCGCCGUGGCUCUCGCGGCGGGAGCAAAGGGUCAUACAAAGUCAGCAGAUGUCGCUAUGAAACUGUUUGAGAAUCACGACUUCAAUAUGCAGGUCGACCCAGUUGAGCAGAAGCAAAUUGUCAGGAAAAUUGAUUGGUUCAUCAUACCUUUGAUUGCGGUCAAUUACGUCUUCUUCUAUAUUGAUAAGACGACAUUGUCAUAUGCAGCACUUUAUGGCAUAAGGGAGGACCUUAACUUGUCUGGUGGUGAAUAUAGCUGGUUGUCGUCCAUCUUCUACUUUGGCUUCAUCAGUUUCGCUUUUCCUACCAACUUUCUUAUGCAGAAAUUCCCCCUCGGCAAAUACCUUGGCUUCAACAUCAUAGUCUGGGGCGUUUUCCUGAUGCUGCAAGCGGCAUGUUCGUCUUUCGCGACUCUCGCUGUGAUGAGGUUCCUGUCGGGUGCGGCGGAAGCAUGUGCCGAUCCGGCAUUUAUGCUUAUCACCCAGAUGUGGUAUACUAGACGUCAGCAACCUUUGAGAAUUGGUUUGUGGUACUUAGGUGAGUAA